AUGAUAAAUGCAGAAAUUGAAUCGGAGGGUAAUGAUAAAAUUCUUCCAUUUAGAAAAGUGAGAAUUGCUGGAAAGAAGGAACCUAUUUUAAAGCAACCAUGUACUGGGUCGUUAUUAGCAAAUAAUACUAAUUUUACACCUCGUAGUAUUUUAGAAUUACCAGGAUCUAUGAGAGGAUUAAAAAAGGUGGAUGCCGAAGAAAAUGUUACUAGUUAUUAUGAUGUUAAUAGAGUUUGGACUGAUAAGAGCACAGAAGUGAUACCAAAGUUAUCAGAUGAUGAUGCUAACUAUUUGUACAAACAAUUAUCGGAAACAUUAUCAGAAAAUCAAAUCAUGUUUUUCAGAGAUUUAUUCAUGUCUUUGAAAGUUUAUCAUGAUGAUGGUACUGGUAUUAGUGCUCCUCAAUUAUAUCACAAAAUUAGAUAUUUCAUUGGUACUGAUAGAAUUUUCAAAGCAACACCAAAGUUGAAGGUUGUAAAUGCAAAACAAUCUGGAGGUUUUGAAGAAAAGAAGAAUGCCACAAGUGAAAUUUUCGAUCCAGAUGCAAGUUAUGCCUAUGAUGUUGAUUUGGAAUUAUAUAUUGAUCCAAAGAUUGUGGAUAAAAGUGUUGAAAUGGAAAGAGAAGUUGAAGGAUGUUUGAGUUUUAAGAAUGAAUAUUUAUUUUUAAUGAGAAGUAAGGAAAUUGAGGUAGAAUACAUUAACAUGUUCGGAGUUAAACAAAGAAAAACAUUAGACGGAUUUUCUGCUCGUGUUUUCCAACAUGAAUUCGACCAUCUUGAGGGAAUUAACAUGUUUGACCGUGUGGUUGACAAGAAAAAGGACAGAUACGUAUAUGGUGAAGAUGUCUACAAUUAUCUGGAUGAGCUUGGUAACCUGCGGCCAGAAUUUAAAUAA